GAAAGAUGGAAGCUCUGACUCUCCUUCUCUGUCUGCUUCUAACUGCUAAAACGUCUCAGGCAUCAUGUGGUGGCACUAUGACAGAUUGGAUGGGUGAAUUUUUCAGUCCUCGGUAUCCUCAAAACUACCCUGAUAACUCACUGUGCACAUGGACCAUUCAUAGCACAGGGGCGACGACUGUGUUAUUGACCUUCACUGAUGUUUUUUUGGAAACAUGCUGUGAUUACAUCAGAGUAUAUAAUGGUCCGUCUACCCUCUUCCCCUUAUUGGGAGAAAUACGGGAGAACGAGAACAAACGCUACAACUCAAGCUCCAAUGAUCUGACUGUGCUUUUCUUCAGCGAUGGCAGUGUAUCAAGAAGAGGAUUUCAUGCAAAGUGGGUUUUUGUAGAUUCCAAUUCAUGCAGGAAUAACUGUGGAUACUCCCUUGGCACUUGUUCGUGUGACGACUCCUGUCAGGACAACAGAAACUGUUGCUAUAACUACAACCGCUACUGCUCACUGACGACAACUUGGCCAACUACAACAGAUUUCCCCUCUUGCAUGUAUAACUGUGGAUACAACCUCGGAAGCUGCUCAUGCACCUCUGAAUGUCAGUACUAUGACAGCUGUUGCCUCGAUUACGUCGACUACUGCUCAACAACAACAGCUGCAACAACAGCAACAACUUACUGGAUGAAUACUCCUUCAUUCUCUCCCUCCUGCAUGUAUAACUGUGGAUACCACCUCGGCACCUGCUCAUGCACCUCUGACUGUCAGUACUAUGGCAACUGUUGCCUUGACUACGACAAUUUCCCCUCCUGCAUGUAUAACUGUGGAUACGACUUCGGCAGCUGCUCAUGCAACCCCAACUGUCAUUAUUAUGGCAACUGUUGCCCUGACUAUGACACUCCCUCCUGCAUGUAUAACUGUGGAUACCACCUCGGCACCUGCUCAUGCACCUCUGACUGUCAGUACUAUGGCAACUGUUGCCCUGACUAUGACAACUACUGCCCAAAGACAACCACUUGGCCAACUACAACAGCUCCCUCCUGCAGGUAUUCCUGUGGAUAUGACCUUGUCUUGUGUUCAUGCUCCGACGAGUGUCAGUACUAUGGCAACUGUUGCCCUGACUUUGAAAGCUUCUGUAUAGCAACAAUUCACCCACCAGAUGAUCCAACAGCACCCUCUUGCAUGUAUAACUGUGGGUAUCACCUUGGCUAUUGUUCAUGCUCCAGAGCCUGCCAGUACUUUGGUGACUGUUGUCAUGAUUAUGAGCACAUCUGCAUGAGAACAACAACACCAACAACAACAACGUCAACUCACAUGGCAGAUACAGCAGAUGCAUACUCCUGUGAGAAUAACUGUGGCCAAAGGCUUCCUCUUUGUAGUUGUGAUGAUGACUGUCAGUACUAUGGCAGCUGUUGCCCUGACUAUGACAGUCACUGCUCAACAACAACUACUACUACUUACUGGCCAGAAACAACAGAUCACUCCUGCAGGUAUAACUGUGGAUACAAUUUCAGCAGCUGCUCAUGCAACUAUGACUGUCAGUACUAUGGCAACUGUUGCUAUGACUUUCACUGGUAUUGCCCAUCGUACCCAACAACAGUUUCUCACCCUCAGUGUGGAGGACACCUGUAUGGUGCUGGGCUGUUUUCCAGUCCAAACUACCCAAACUAUUACCAUGACAAUGCCCACUGUGUGUGGUAUAUCUCUGCUCAGCAAGAACAAAGGAUCUUCCUGACAUUUGCUGAUGUGCAACUGGAGCGCUGCUGUAACUGUGACUACAUCACCGUAUAUGAUGGCUCUUCCACUGGUUAUCCACAGCUAGGAAGGGUCUGUUUCAAUGACACCACACACCAGGUGUUUCACUCUUCUUCACGGUACUUGACUGUUGUCUUCAGGAGCGACUACUCUGGUGUCAGCCAUGGUUUCAAGGCCCUUUUCACAAGCUCUCUGACUGCAGAUGAAGGUCGUGUGGAUUGUUCCUCAGACAACAUGGUCAUUGUCAUUCAGAGGUCUUACCUGAACUCACUCAGGUUGAGUGAAAAUGACCUUUAUGUGGAUGACCAUCUUUGCAGACCCACUAUUAGCAGUACUGAAGUUGUGUUCAGAUUCCCUCUUGACACAUGUGGAACUGCCAAAGAGAUGAUGAAUGGUUAUGUGUCCUACACCAACAAUGUGCGGGCCUCUCAGUCUCAGUCGGGUGAAAUCACUCGUCAGUCACAGUUCCUACUACACGUGGGCUGCAGAAUGGAGCCGGACACCAUGGUGCAGAUAUUCUACAAGGCCAAGGAGAUCAUCAAUGCCAACAUCACAGGAACUGGACGCUUCAAUGCCAGCAUAGCUUUCUUCACCUCCAGUAGUUUCAGUCAACAAAUUUAUGACUCUCCAUAUCAGGUGAACCUCAACCAGCUUCUCUACGUUCAGGUCAAGCUAAACAGGCUUGACAACAGUCUGGAUCUGUUCCUGGACACCUGUGUAGCGUCUCCAAAUCCCAAUGACUUCAAAGAUCACUCCUAUGUCCUGCUACGUAAUGGAUGUUCCAGAGACAACACAUAUUAUUCCUAUACCAGCGGUCAGCACUACUAUGCUCAGUUCAGUUUCCAGGCUUUCAAGUUCCUUCGGACUCACCCCUAUGUGUACCUGCAGUGUAAGGUAAUCAUCUGCCCUGAUAACGACUACAAUUCUCGAUGCCGCCAAGGUUGCCGCUUACGUCGCAAGAGAUCCCUUGAUAGCACCUACCACACCAAUACUGUGACGCUGGGGCCAAUCAAACUCAAAGGAGCCUAGGACAGUGACAUGCUUUCACAGACAACAUGAGAAGAUGAAGUCAGCAGAUUGAUUGGAUCAUCAACUACUUUAUUUCUGAUCUUUAUCAUUAAUCAGUUCACAUUAUCUUUCCUAAUGAUGUAUUUUUCAUCAGUUCAUUAAAGCAAUCCUUCUUCAAA